GAGAACCUGGGAGGAACCGAUGGCUAGUGUGUCAACCCGUCUGAGCAGUGACUCCCAUUGAGGAAUACGGGAUCCUUUAACUGUGUUUUUCUACGCGGACGCCGUUUCUUUUGCCUGAUAGCGAGAACGUACGAAUUGUUCCAUUUUCUUUCCACUGUACUGGGUAAAUUCUCUCAUCUGAAGCAGAAGUCUUUCUUUGGGGCGUAUCUUCAUGGUCCUGGUAUGUGGAAGGUGACCUGAGCUCCCAGCACUGCUCUGUGGCUUAUGUCAGAAGACAGCGAUCCAAAGCAGUACCUGUACUCUCUGGACAGGUGCGAGCAGGACAUGGCCAGCAGUUACAGUGAGGGGUGUAGCGGUCGUGAUGGUGAGCUGGAGCCGGAGCUGGGCCUGGCGUCUGAGGGCAGCGACAGCAGCCAUGAGCACCCCGCCUCACCUGCCUCCCUCCACGACGACAGGAAGCGACCCCGGGCCACUCUGCAUGAGGACGUGGAGAUGGGUGGCAGUGGCUCCAGUGGCAGUGGCACCGAAUCCCAUGGCAACGAGUCGCACGGAAACGAAUCCCAUGGAAACGAGUCAGUGGGCAGCUCCAACGGCAACGGGAAAGACUCUGCGCUGCUGGAGUCAUCAGGGAGCAACAAGAGCUCCAACUCUCAUAGUCCUUCACCGCCUAGCAGCUCCAAUGCCUUCAGUCUGGUUAGCUCUGAACAGGACAACCCCUCAACCAGUGGCUGCAGUAGCGAGCAGUCAGCCAAAGCUAAGACACAGAAGGAGCUGUUCAAGACCCUCAAGGAGCUUAAGAUGCAUCUAUCUUCAGAAAAGAGAAGCAAGGGAAAAUCGACCACCGUCAACACGUUGAAAUACGCCCUGCGAUGUGUCAAACAGGUGAAAGCCAAUGAAGAGUACUAUCAAAUGCUUAUGAUUAAUGAUAGCCAACCACCAGGAUUUGAUGUAUCAUCUUAUACAAUUGAAGAAAUCAACAGUAUAACAUCUGAAUACACUCUCAAAAACAAUGAUAUAUUUGCGGUGGCUGUCUCACUCAUCACGGGAAAAAUUGUUUACAUUUCGGAACAGGCCGCGACCAUUUUGAACUGCAAGCGCGAGGUCUUCAACAACGCCAAAUUUGUGGAGUUUUUGACCCCCCAGGAUGUCAGUGUCUUCUACAGCUUUACCACUCCCUACCGCCUCCCCUCCUGGAGCAUGUGCACUGGAGCAGAAUCCUCUCCCACGGAGUGCAUGCAGGAGAAGUCCUUCUUCUGCCGCAUCAGUGGUGGUAAGGAACGAGAAGGAGAUCUCCAGUACUAUCCUUUUAGAAUGACUCCAUAUCUGAUGAAAGUUCAGGAUGCAGAGCUCUCUGAGGAACAGUUUUGCUGCCUCCUACUGGCCGAGAGGGUACACUCCGGAUAUGAGGCUCCCCGGAUUCCACCAGACAAAAGGAUUUUUACCACAACUCACUCUCCUAAUUGUGUGUUUCAGGAUGUAGACGAAAGGGCUGUUCCUCUGUUGGGUUACCUGCCUCAAGAUCUGAUUGGGACCCCAGUGCUGCUAAACCUACACCCAAGUGACCGGCCCUUGAUGUUAGCUGUGCAUAGAAAAAUUUUGCAGUAUGCUGGUCAGCCGUUCGACCACUCCUCCAUCCGGUUCUGUGCUAGAAAUGGUGAAUACGUCACUUUAGACACAAGUUGGUCCAGCUUUGUUAACCCUUGGAGCCGUAAAGUGUCUUUUGUGAUUGGGAGGCACAAAGUUAGAAUGGGCCCUGUAAAUGAAGAUGUUUUUGCUGCACCUGCUUUCCAUGGAGGGAAGAUAAUGGACUCAGAUAUACAAGAAAUAAGUGAACAAAUUCACCGGCUCCUAUUACAACCGGUGCACAACAUGGGCUCUAGUGGUUAUGGAAGCCACGGCAGCAACGGUUCAUACGAGCAGCUAGUUAGCAUUAGUUCAUCCAGUGAAAGCAAUGGAAACGUUGCAGUAGAAAAUGUGCCAGAGGAGACGGGCAAAGCCAAACCCACACGCACCUUCCAGGAGAUCUGCAAAGGAGUGCACAUGCUCAAGAACCAGGAUACACAAGGGGGCAUACGUUCACCCUGCCCCUCCCCCUCACCAUCCUUAUCCAAACCUGAGCACAAGAAGAUCUCCGACUCUGCCUCUCAGAAGAGCCCAGUAGUUCGUUUGAAGGAAUCAGCACCCCCUCUGCUGGCCAAAGACAGUACUGCUGCCAGUAUGGAGGACUUGACAUACAAAGAUCAGACUGUGUGCUCCUAUCAACAAAUUAGCUGCUUGGACAGUGUUAUUAGAUACCUGGAGAGUUGCAAUAUUCCCAUCACUGUGAAACGGAAGUAUCAGUUUUCCUCAAACACCACUUCCUCCAACUCUGAUGAUGAUAAGAAAGGGUCAGAGGAGGGCAUCCAAGUGUCACAGGAUACUACCACAGAUCCAUUGAUGCUGGAUGCUCAGCCGGGCCUUUCUAACAUGAAAGCCCCUAAAAAGCCCCCCUCGGGGGCACCUGCUGUAGUCGGAGCUCCACUGGCCCCACUUACUCUCCCGAGUAAAGCAGAAAGUGUAGUGUCCAUCACCUCGCAGUGCAGCUACAGCAGCACCAUAGUACAUGUAGGAGACAAGAAGCCUCAGCCAGAGUCUGAGAUUAUUGAGGAUGUGGCUGAGAGCCCGGCUCCGCCAGCACAGCCGGUCAGUGUGGUGUCUCCACCAAGCCAGGAAAAAGAGGCCUAUAAGAGGCUGGGCCUGACUAAACAGGUCCUAGCAGCUCACACACAAAAAGAGGAGCAGGCCUUUUUAAACCGCUGCAGAGAGCUCAGAGACGCCCGCUCUCUCCAGAAGGACUAUUCCGCAUGUGUGCAUAAGCAGAGGGGCCCUGCCAAUGCAGAAGAAUCCUCUGGUUUAAGGGGAGCUGCUAAACAGGGCAGCGCCAGACCAGAGGCCUCUGCAAAGAAAGGCAACCGAAACAGGAAGUCUAAGAAGCCGCGCAUGAAGCACCCCGACUCCUCCGACAGCGCUGUGUCCAACCGCAAGCCCCGGCCUCCUCUCCAGGGGCUUAAUCAGACCUCAUGGUCGCCGUCAGAGGCAUCACAAUCUGCGUUCAACGUGUCCUACCCCACCAUGGUGCCUGCUUACCCCCUCUACCCCCCCACUGCAGCUGCCCCUCCCCAGGCUCCUCGCCCGGACCCCUCUCUGUCAACAGGGUACGGAGAGGGCCAGAGCUCACAGGCUCCACCCACUGCCGCUCCCUAUCCCGCCCCCAUUGUUACGCCUGUGGUGGCUUUGGUGUUGCCCAAUUACCUCUUCCCUCAGAUAGGUCAAAUAGGACAGUUAGGGGCUCCUCCCAGACCCACCUUUUUCCCUGAACAGACCCAGGCACAGCCGGCCUACACUACCCAGCAGCCAUUUCAGCCCCCUCAGCCUGCUUACUCUAUACAGACUCAACCCACAUACUCCAUACAGACCCAGCCUGCAUACUCCAUACAGACCCAGCCCACCUACGCACCGCAGCAGUUUCCAGUACAGACUUUUGCCUCUCAGCAGCCGUACCAGGGAGCCGCUGCUCAGUACACCAACCCACAGCCUUUCCAGGGCCCUCAGAACUAUACUACCCAGCAGCCCUUUGCCCAACAGACUUCAUUCCCAGUGCAGACCCCGUUUGUGGCCCAGGCUGCCUACCCCACACAGCCCUUCUCCUACAGUCUGACAGCUGAUGCCUCUAAAGCGGUUGCAGUGGAGCCCAGAGAGGGGGCAGCAUCACGCUCCUCUACCCCCGCCUCUGGGGCCCGGGAGCCCACCACCUCACCCCCACUGUUUGAGUCCCGUUGCAGCUCUCCUCUGCAGCUCAACUUGCUCAGUAUGGAGGAAGGGCAGCGCUCGGUGGAACGGCAGGACAGCACAGCGCCACCCUCUGGUGCUCAGGGUAACAGCACAAUGGGACCAUCAGGGUCAGUGGAGGGACAGAAGAACCCUACUGCCAAGGCUGAAAGCCACCAGCAGGUUGAGUCUCCAGGUGACGGUGUGCACAGUGAUGGGAACUCUUCAUCAUGUGAUCUACUGGACAUUUUGCUUCAGGAGCAGGAGGACUCUCACUCCGGGACAGGCUCAGCCACCUCUGGCUCCAUGGGCUCCGGCUCUGGGUCUGGGUCCGGCUCUGGAUCAGGCUGUAACGGCUGUGGGACGUCAGCCAGUGGAGCAUCGGGCAGCAGAACAGGAAGUAGCAACACCAGCAAGUAUUUUGGCAGCGUAGAUUCCCUGGAGCCCGACCCAAAGGCCAAAACCAAGGUGAAGUUGCGAGGUGAAGGCAGCUGCGACGCUCAGGGCAAAGUGUCCACUCAGGGCGAUGAAGACCACUUCAUCAAAUACGUGCUACAGAAGCCAUUGUGGCUGCUCAUGGCCAACGCAGACGAUAAGGUCAUGAUGACAUACCAGGUCCCAUCCAGGGACAUUCAGAAGGUUUUGCGAGAGGACAAAGAGCGGUUGCGGCACAUGCAGAAGAGCCAGCCGCACUUCUCCUCGGAGCAGCGCAGAGAGCUGGUGGAGGAGCAUCCCUGGAUGAGGAGAGGAGGUCUACCAGCAGCCAUCAAUGUUAAGGAAUGUGUGUACUGUGAGGAGUCGGCAGCAGCACCCAUAGAGGAGGACAUGCCUGAUAUGGACAUGAGUGAACUGGGGGAAGAACUGAGCCAAGAGGCUAGGAACCCCCAGAGCCAAUCAGAGGAGUCGCAGCCUCAGCCUGACUCUGGCUCAUGAACUUACUGCCAACUGCCAAUAGGGGGCUCACGGACCAACUUUAGACCCCCAAGCUUUUACAUGCACAGGUCCACAGUUAGCAUAGACUGAACUGACUGUGGGCCAACCUCUUGAUCACUUGAACUUUGAAAAACGUGAUUGCGCCAAGGAAGUGUUGCUGGACAUGUCUGUGUGUAAGAGCUGCUAUUUCUACAGUUCUUAAUUUGCCCAUUAGGAGGCAGCAUUUCUGUUCCUGCAGCUCAAUCCAAACUCAAUUUCCCUUCAAACCACAAGGGGCAAAACAUUCAGGAGAUUAUCUUUACAAUAUGCACGCCCUGUUUGGAGUCUAGACACACUAGUAAAUUAUGGUAUUGUUAAAAAUAUCUAUAUAUUUUACUACAGAAAGGAUGCUUCGCCCACUAAAUGUUGAAUUAUGUAGCCAUCAUCUGUAACUUUGUCUUGUCCAACCAACAGUCAGUUUUAUUUUCAGUGUUUUAUGAUUGGACAAGAGAAGGAAGGACUUUUAUAAAUCCACUUUUCGCAUUUUUGACAUUUGGUGGAUCUGCGCAAAACAGACCCUACACUGUAAUAAGGAGACAAUCUUAUUUUUUAAAUAUUUUUUCUAUAUUUAAAAUUAAGAUAAAUAAUUUAUGCCAAAGCCAAAUUUUGUGAAAUAGUCUACUAUAGAGAUUCAGUUUGCAUUUGACAUCACCAAAAACGUUUUGUUUCUGUCUGAGAAAUAUUUAGUUUUUCACUACUGAAAACCAGCAUAACAUAAAUUUAAAUUACUUUACAAAGAUAAUUGACAAAUCAUAGUGUGGCAUUCAAGCAAGGCAAGAAAUUAUUACAAAUGUUUUUGAAUUUGGAUGUUUUAAAAACUUUCUAGGACACUUUAAAAAGAAAAAUUGUUUUACAUAUAAAGUUAUUCCUUUAGCACUUAUUUAGGGACGUAUCCUUCUGUACAAUGUUUGAGAGCACUUAACCUUUUGCGUCAGAAUGAUGUUUAUACAGAGCCAGUCAAAUAUGCUUUAUUCAAUGUGUUGUUCAUUCUUUAACCAUAUGAACACAACAACAGUAGCUCACGGGGGACUGUAUUACUAAAGUAUGCAGAGUAUUUUUGACCUUUUUAUGCAUGCAAUAUUCCUCCCCCCAUUUAUUUUAUUUUUACAUGAAUUUCAGUACUGAAAACUGUGACCAGAAAUGGCUCUAUAAGUUAAAGUCAAAGCUGGGAUCAACUGCGGCGCUAAGGUGAAGGAACGGUUGUGGUCAUGAAUGUAACGGAUGGGACCAAUUGUCUCACUGGCUUGAUAAUUUUGUCAUUGUACAAAUCUUUUUUUUGUUAUAUUAUUUCUGUUUCUUUGUGUUUUAUGUUUUUAUUUUAUUUUAGUGUGACAGGAGACAAAUACUACCUCUAAUAACUCUUUUGGUCCUGUUACUGUGAUCGUUGGUUUUAAUUAUGGUGUCGUAUGUGUGGGCAAAACGCAAUGGACAGAUUGGUGUACUUUUUGUGAUUCCAGUUUGAGAUGGGAUGCCUUUUACCAUCUUGAGUAGCUAUCUGAUAGUUCAUUUCUAAUUCAUUUUCUCCUGACUAGCCUCCAGAGCUCACCUUGUUUAUAGAAUGCACACUUGGAUGUAUUGUAUAGACUGUACACAUUGAGGCUAACUUCAAGAGGCUAAGCUAACAAUGCUGCAGUUUUCACGCCUUAUCAUAGAGGGAAUCUGGACUACACAUUACGAUUUUGUUUGAUGGAAGCACCUAUAAAUGCAUACAUGAUAUUUGUCUCCUUGCCACUGUACUACCAGUCUGGAAAACUAAAUUUAUAUAUAUAUAUAUAUAUAUAAGUAUAGGGCACACACAAGCUGUUUUUUGUAGGUGAGAUUCUGUGUUUGAGGAAUUAAACCAAUGUUGUAAUAAAACAGAAAUGCUUUU